CGACAAUUUGGAAACUAUCACCGGCUUCAACCUACGGAUUUUCCGAUACUCUCGAAUCUACGCUUGCUUUAUCGGAAGCUGUUUGAUUUUUUACAUUCCCCUACCGAUGGCGGCUACCUUGUUCAGCUAUCUAUCCGCUGCGAAUGAAACGGACAUGGCCGACUUUGUGUUGCCAUUGGAGAAUCAGUUCUACGGGCUGGAUAUUCGACGGAAUCUUGUUCACUACAUGAUCUACAUGGCGCUACUACUUCCGGCCGUUACUGCAUCUGCUUUACUCAGUACCGUCAAGGGAACGGUGCUGUUCACGGUCAUCCGUUACGGAGCUAAACUUUUCGAGCUGGUUACACUCAGAAUCGAUGCUCUGGCAGAUCCUGCGAAUUUCAAAAGUGACGAUCAAGUAAAAGAACGCAAAGCCAAACUCAAAGAGAUCAUCGAACUGCACCAAACUGCUCUGGAGUUUGCCGGCCUGCUGGAGUACACCAUGCAACACAUUCUGCUGUCGCAAUUUGUCAAUUGUAUGCUCAUCUCGUGUCUGAUGAUGUUUUAUAUCUCUAGCACCUACGGACCGAAUGUCGUCAAUAUGGUGAUCUUGUUUGCCGUCCUGAUGGUGGAAGUGUUUGCCUACUGCUACAACGGAAACGAACUGAGUGAAAAAGCAGCUGCCGUAGCCAAGGCCAGCUACUGCUACCCGUGGUAUCUGGAGCCGGUCCCGGUGCAGAAGGAGAUCCAACGGAUGAUACAACGCUCGCAGCGGAAGGUUGGCAUCACGGCUGCCAAGUUCUAUUUUGUAGACAUUGUGCGCUUUGGUCAGGUGGUGCAGGCGUCCUAUUCGUACUACUUGAUUCUGAAAGAACGCUUCUGAUGUUAUUUUACCAUGAAACAAUGACAAAGAGUAGUACUUGGGUCGUUGUUAGUUUAUAAGUGUUAGUAUAGAAGUGGAGCUGCUCUAAACUAGUAACUAG